AUGUUUUCGAGUUGUGCAUCUGCACAGAUGCUAACGUGUGGCAGUCCAUGGCAGUGGAUGUGCAACAACGGUGAAUGCAUCGCACAAUACGAUUUGUGCAAUGGUAUUGCACAAUGCACCGAUGGAUCGGAUGAGUUCCGAUGCAACGAAAGGUGUGACAUUUAUGCUUCAUCAAAAAUCCAAAAAAACCUCAAACAACUUGGCCUUCUCAGCAAAUGUGUUGUAGAAAUUUUAAAGAUACAAACAAUGAAUAUCACUGGCUAG